AUGGAUACAGGUGAUCAUAUCAGCGCCCUCGGUGUUGUAAAUCUUUACGACCACAUUGACCUCGGCUGGGUCGAACAACGACUGAAUGAACAGGCUGGUGUUCGAAGAAGCAGACUGGCAGCGUACUUCGACGGCUACAUGGAGUUUACGGAACAGCCACCGGCCCUCUCUCGGACUCCUUCCCCUGAACCGCAAGAUCAGUCUCAUCGUGUGCGAACCGUGUUGGAUUCCUCUCAGAGAAGAUCCAGAGGCAAAGAAGGAGCAGCACGAUUACCUCGUAGACGUGGGACGUUUGAAUCUGACUCGGAUGCUACCGAUAUACAGCAGCCCAGGAAGCGUCGUCAAGUCACCCCAGUUCCCCGACGCAAAGUCAACGUAAUCCGACCUUUGCAGCAGAGGAAAAGGCCAACGAAGUCGAAUACGGCACCCGGAGCGAUACCUAGCGCACAUAGGAUGGAGACGAGGUCGAAAAGUCGUCGAACAAGGCGGACGGGGUAUUCAGGAGUAUCAAAAGCCAGGUCGCCACGACGCAAAGAAUACAUUCAAAAUGUGACUAUUGGUCGCAAACGUGCUGCUUGGAUUAAACGAGAGCCACUUUGGGCAGACUUGAACGUCGACGACAGCCUAAACGCCGCAACCCAGGAGAGGUUGCUCGGGUCCAAGAGCGCAGAGCUUGCGAGCUCCCGCCUUGUGGUUCGACCGCCGGAUGGAUGCAAGGCGACGGGGGGUGGUCCGAUGGCUAUUGAAGGGCGGUUGAUGGAUCAAUCCCCCAGCUUCAGUAUAUGGGCUGCGAGGGAGGAGUUGGUCGUAAUGGCAAGCUCUGGGCAAGAAGAAAGGAGAAUACUUGGUGGCAAUUCAGCUGUAUAA